GUGGCGCGGUGAAUUUCUUCGACUUAUUUUUCCUUCGUCUCUCUACGUCGCUCGUGUGAGUGAAGGCAAAAGGUGGAUAUUCGCCAGCUGCUCUGUGUAGAAGCGUAUAUACACUCCCAACACCCUUCUCUACUUUCCUUUCGAAACCCCGUGCCACAGAGCAAGGAUUUGAUAUCAGAAACAAAAUCGCCAUGCACAAAUUCCUCCUCCUCAGUCUUCUAUCCCCUCUCCUCGCUCACGCCAUGGACCUACGUAUCCUAGCCCGAAACCGGACUCUAAGCUACAUGGUCGAAUACUUCGUCACCGCCGGCGAACCCUUUGAAGCCCACAUCGCCAACGCCACGGAAGUAGGAAGCGGAUACCCCGACCAAACAACCACCCACCUCAAAAUCGGCAUUUUCAGCACCAUCUACAACGCCUGGAUGUGCAGUCUAACCGACCUAAUCCCCGCCCGCGACGGAACAAUCGAACUCACCAUCCCCCCCGAAAUGGGUCCCUCAGGCGUGUACUACGCCCUCGAAGCCUACGGCUUCCCUUCCAACGCGUCCCCUUUCCUGGGCGACAGCGUCAUCCGCUCCGGCGUUACGUCGGGGACUAACUACUUCUACCUCUCAUCCGGACUGGGGGCGUGGACGCCCGCCGAGACGCAGGACGCCCUGCUGCUCGAGGGCCUCGUGGGCUUCUGGAACGCCGACAUUCCGUGCGCUUCGUACGCGUGCGCGCAGGACUGCGCGCGGAGGCAGAUCCCCAGCGCGAGUGCGUGGAGGAAUGGGUCGGUUUGGUCGGACUGCGUGGCUAGUUGCCCGGGCGUGGAGUUGGAUUAUGAUAGGAUCUACGGGGGUGGAGAGUGGACGAGCAUUGUUACUUCGACGCCGACGGAGACUGAGGCGAUCCAAGGCUCAGCGGCGUUGCCUACGCCUACAGAGUCGUGUGUGCUGGAAGAGUAUGAGACGCCUUGUGGCAGCAAAUGCUGUGCCUCGUUUGAGUAUUGUGCUAGGUGGAGCGCGUGUGCGGAUUUGCCGUUUGAUGUCGCUUUGUAUAGGGCGAGUCAGAGUACCGGUGCGCCGGGGGCGACGAGUACUAAAAUGAGUCAGAAUGGCCCCCAGGAGACGGGUGUGGCGGCGUUGGUGGGCGUGGAUUGGAGGGUGCUGGGGUUGGGGAUUGCGGCGGGAGCGUUUGCGGCGCGCGGCGGAAUACAGUAGGUGAGAUCGGACGAAAAAAGUGAGAUCGGACGAAAAACCUCGGAUGCUGUCUAGGUGAUCCCGGUGCUGCAUAUCGGAAGCUGGGCGUACCUCCGUAUUGCCAGAAGUUUUUCAGUCACGUGCGGGUAUACUAAGAAUAGUAUAUGUCGACGCCCCCCCAGUAACUCCACAACCACAACGUAAUAAUAUACAAUUGAGGGCUCGUUUGAAAGCGCUCGAUGAGGAGAAAUAGCUCCCGUUUACGCGUUGAAUUUAUUGCCACCGUUGUUGUCGCGACAGAGCUUCGCGACUCGCAUGUAUUCAGCGAUAGACCCUAAUUCUUCGAUAACUUUCGAAAAGCCGGCAUCUCUCUGCCAGAGUCGUCUCA